UAAGCAGGACGGGUAGCCCGAUCGGCUCAUGGGGUGGUUAUAUUUCUGACCGGUAAAAGUUGCGUGCCUGCUUCACACACACGUAGUUUGCAAAUCAGAUACUGAGAGCUAAAUGUGGAAACGAGAAGAGAGCAGGAGAACAAUGGCAGGAGGGAAUUUAUGAAAUAAGCGAGUGUGUUUAUGCAUAGGGGAAAGUGAGGUCGAGAGAGGGAGAGAGCGAGAGCGAGCUCUUUCCUUCUGCCCUUGAGCGCCUAGGACAAAACCGAAAUCGCAAAAAGUAACGGAACAUUAAUUGAGGCAGUACCACUUCUGGAAAAAGUAUUGAAAUAGAAUAUAUUUCGAACAAGAAGUCAACUAUUGUGCGUACGGGAUGUAUAGGAUACCAUCCUAACGCACUGCUUUCCUCAAAGUAUAAAAACAGAAGGGAAACAAACAGAAGGGGAGAGCAUCUCAUCUAAUCCUCUUACAGAAGGGAAUACGGUAACGUUAAGCUUUAUUUCAACGACGAACCAAUGCUGAGGCUUUUGAAUGCUGAUAACACUUUUGCAAAGGAUGCACCCAUGACAGAAUGAUCAUAUUUUCCCGGAGCAAUUUGCCAACAAUGGAGCAUGUAAAUACUUCCUUUGACUGACGUGAAAACACAACAAAAUCUCAUCUAGAGAGCUUCUGAGUGGACAGCGGGAAUAUUCUCAAUGCUCUACUCAUGGACAUAUCGACUGCUUUUAGCAUGGCUUGCCUGGAGUGCCAAAGGGGGUCGAUCUGAGAAAGAUUUAGCGUUGUAUACAUUUCUAAUAAAAUAAGUUAUUGUAACUAUAAUUUAAAGUAAUACUUUAAUUUGAAUUGUUUUUAACAUAAGAUAACAAAUACUUAAAAACAGAAGUGUAACUUAUUUGGGCAGGCAUACAUUUGUAUACAAAACCAGCAGAGUUGUAAGGCUGUAUCCUGCAAGCGGCAGGUGUCUCUCCCAACAUGAAAACCAACCGGAUUCCAAGCUGAUCCUCUCCCUGUGUGGACCGACGGUGGCACCUCUUCCCUCCGGACUCUCGGUCUUGGACCAUGGGUGUGGUCUCUACGAGUGCCAUGCUCUCACAGGUGCUUUUUCAUUUGCACUUUGUUACUCUGACCCUUGGCCAGUAUGACAUAUGCAAAUCGCUGUUUAGUACAGACGAUGGACCAACAUGGGAGUUUUAUGCGUGCCAGCCAAAACCAAUGGCUAUGAAGGAGUUCGUGCAAAUUAGGGUGGAUCCUCCUGGCAUCACUUGUGGCAACCCCCCGGAGAGGUUCUGUACCCUGGAGAACCCCUACCUGUGUAGUGACGAGUGUGACGCCUCCAACCCGGACCUGGCUCACCCUCCCCAGCUGAUGCAGGAUCGUGAGCGCAGCGGCCUCAUCACCUAUUGGCAAACGGUGACAUGGAGCCGCUACCCGGAGCCCCUGCUGGCCAACAUCUCCCUGGCCUGGAACAAGAGCCUGGAGUUGACCGACGACAUUCAGGUCACCUUCGAGUAUGGCCGCCCCACCAUGAUGGUGCUGGACAAGUCCCUAGACAAAGGGCGCACCUGGCAGCCCUACCAGUUCUACGCCGACGACUGCAUGGAAGCCUUCGGCAUGCCCGCUAAGCGGGUGCAGGAUCUGUCGGCCACCAAUGUGACGCGGGUCAUCUGCACAGAGCAGUACUCUCGCUGGGUGGGCUCCAAGAACGAGAAGGUGCUGCGCUUCGAGGUGAUGGCACGCUUCACUAUCUUCACGGGGCCCAAGCUGCUCAACAUGGACAGUCUGUACACACGCAUGGAGAGUAUGAAGGGCCUGAGGGACUUCUUCACUUUCACCAACCUGAGACUGAGGCUGCUGAGGCCGGCCCUGGGGGGAACCUACGUCCAGAAAGACAACCUCCUCAAAUACUUCUACGCCAUCUCCAACAUAGAGGUACCAGCCAGGUGUAAGUGUAACCUCCAUGCUGGCCAGUGCACCUUUCGGGAGGGAAGCCUGCAGUGUGACUGUGAACACAAUACGACGGGCCAAGACUGCACUCGCUGUGAGAGGGGCUUCAAAGCCAAGUCAUGGAAACCUGGAUCGUACCUACCCACCCCCAACGGAUCCCCCAAUACCUGUGAUGCUGCUGGGACUCUUGGCACACCCACAACAGUCCAGACUCCGCCAACAACCACACCUGCGUUGGCGACUACCACCAAGCCACCCACAGACCAACUGCCCACAAUUACCACUAUUAUGGCAGACAUCACCACCUUCACUGACAUAGUGACAGCUGUGGUGGGUCCCACAUCCAGCACAAAGCUCAGUGACUCCCUAACUGACACACCAGUGCUGCUUCUGGCAACAGAUCAAACGUCUGUGCCAGCCACGAUACCAGCCACUCUUCCAGCCAGCAUGUCAGACACUGUGCCAGUCUCUGCCAGUCCCGACCAGACAGACAGUCCAUCCUUAACCACAGUGAACUUGCCCCCAAUGGAGGUAAAUCCCCCCACAACCACAGUGAGAGCGCAGCCGAAAGUUACUGAAUCAUCUGAUGCAGCUGAUCCCACAUCUGACUCAGUCACACCAUCAUCUGAUGCAACCACUCCAACAUCAGUUGGAUUUACUCUCACACCUGACAGCACAACGACUUCUUACACAGUGACUUCUGACACCAGUACCACAGCAUCUGACACAAGUACUACUACAUCUGACACAAGUACGGCUACAUCUGAAACAAGUACUACAACAUCUGAAACAAGUACUACAACAUCUGAAACAAGUACUACUACAUCUGAAACAAGUACUACUACAUCUGACACAAGUACCAAAGCAUCUGACACAAGUACCACAGCAUCUGACACAAGUACCACAGCAUCUGACACAAGUACCACAGCAUCUGACACAAGUACCACAGCAUCUGACACAAGUACCACAGCAUCUGACACAAGUACCACAGCAUCUGACACAAGUACCACAGCAUCUGACACAAGUACCACAGCAUCUGACACAAGUACCACAGCAUCUGACACAAGUACCACAGCAUCUGACACAAGUACCACAGCAUCUGACACAAGUACUACAACAUCUGACACAAGUACCACAGCAUCUGACACAAGUACUACAGCAUCUGACACAAGUAUUACAUUUGACACAAGUUCAACAACAACUGAGAGAAGUACUACAAUAUUUGACACAAUUACUACACUAUUUGACAUUAGUAUUACACCUUCUGUCACUAGUACUAGCACAGUUGACACAAGUACCACAACAUUUGACACAAGUACCACAACAUUUGACACAACCACCACAGUAUCAGACACAAGUAUCACAACAUUUUACACAAGUACUACAUUUCUAACUGUAUCUGACUCAAGUACUACAAUAUUUGACACAAUGACUUCAACAUCUGAUAUAUUUACCACAACUUAUGGCACUAUUACUUCAGCAUCUGAUGUAUUCACUUCAACAUCUGGUGUGCCCUUUCUGGCAUCGGACACAGUUACUCCAGCAUCUGAUGUAGUAACACCACCAACAGAUGGAUUUACCUCACCCCCUGAUGAUACAUUUAUUCCAGCAUCUGAGGGAGAUACACCUGCCUCUGACGUGGCUACUUCAGUAUCUGAUGGACUGACCUCACGACCUGAUGAAGCUCCUUCAACACCUCAAGCAGUUCCUCCAACUUCCGACACGGUUUCCUCAGCACCUGAUCCUCUUUCCCGUACACUGGGUGGAGACACCACCCAAGCUCCAGACAAAUCUACUCCAGCACCUGACACAGAUACCUCAACAUCUGAUGCUGCUACCCUGGCACCUGUCGUAGCUACUACAGCUCCAGACUCAUCUUCAGCAGCUCCUGAUCCUGCUACCCCAUCUCCUGAUGUAGGACCAGUUCCUGAUUCAGUUGAUCCAGCUCCUGAUGUAGGACCUGCUCUUGAUUCAGUUGAUUCAUUUCCUGAUUCAGUUGAUCCAGCUCCUGAUGCAGGACCAUCUCCUGAUGCUGUAGAUACAGCUGCUGGUGUUGGACCAGUUCCUGAUUCAGUUUAUCCAGCUCCUGAUGUAGGACCAGCUCUUGAUUCAGUUGAUUCAUUUCCUGAUUCAGUUGAUCCAGCUCCUGAUACAGUUGAUCCAGCUCCUGAUGAUGCUGUUGAUCCAGCCCCUGAUGCAGGACCAGCUCCUGAUUCAAUUUAUCCAGCUCUUGAUUCAAUUGAUUCAGCUCCUGAUUCAGGACCAGCUCCUGAUGCUGCUGCUCCAAUGCCUGAUGCUGGGGUCGGUGAGAAAGUGGGAAAUAAAGAAGAAAAUGUUAAAGAGGAAAAAGUUACCCCCAUAACUGAAGCCAAAGGGGAAAGCAAAGAGGAAGAGAAAGAGAAAAAAAAAUAUUUUCAAACGAAAGACAAUGAGAAAAAAGCGGUUGUAAAACUGUUGAUUCCUGGUGGGUCCAAAUACAGCGAGUCUAAGGUUGCAUACGUCCAGUUUCAAGACUGCGAGUGCUAUGGCCACUCGAACCGCUGCAGUUAUAUUGACUUUAUCAACAUCGUGACUUGCGUCAGCUGUAAACACAACACUAGGGGGCAGAACUGUCAGCACUGCCGACUGGGAUUCUUCCGGAAUGUCUCUGCCGAGCUGGACGAUGAGAACGUUUGUAUAGAGUGUAAUUGUAAUCAGCUGGGAUCCUUCCAUGCUCGCUGCAACGACACAGGGUUCUGCCAGUGUAGAGAUGGCUCCAUUGGGCCGAAGUGUGAGGACUGCCUGCCUGGAUACAGCUGGAGACAAGGUUGCUCCCCCAACGUCUGCGAUGAUGAGUUCCUGCUGUGCCAGAAUGGAGGCACCUGCUUCCAGAACCAGAAGUGUCUGUGUCUGCCAGAGUAUAAGGGGGUGCUGUGUGAGCAGCUGCUCUGCGAGGGAGAGAGGGGCUGCAGCGGUGCCUCUGCCUCCUACGUCAGCCUGGCCGCCAUGCUGAGCUGCCUUCUAGCCAACGCCCUGCUUAGAAUAGUCACUGCUUGCUGAGCCACAACCAGGACAGCUGGAGCACACCUGGCUGUAGUAUUGGGACCCUCCACCCGCCGCGCUAACCUCAGUCUCACGGUGCCGUUGCAUUCUGAAACAUUGUUUGCGGGGCGCCAAGCCUCUCGUCGCCUCGCCACAAUGAAACAAAGAGAGAGUUCCUCUCUGGCUCUCAUUCUGAAAGCCAGUGCUGAAAGAAUGUAUACCAAAAAAAUAAUAAUAAUCACUAUCUAAGAAAAGUUUAAAGAGCAAAGAGUAUUCUUUAUGAAACAGUUGUUUUCCUUCUUGUCGUACAUCUAAGUUUGUUCUCACUGAAAUACUGCACUUAGCCAACUUGUUUUCUGAACGGAGAUGGUUGUAAUCAUUGCUGAGGCCUACUAAUGCCAAGUUUCUCUUACUCUCAAAUUCACGUUUCCUUACUUUGCUGCAUAGCCUGUUUUGUUUCCUGGCAACCCAUCAUUGAACUGAAAAGAGUGUGGGAAAUAUGAGUAAAACAUGUUUUAAUCAGAGUUGAUGUUUCAGUGGCUUGUGGUGGAGAAUCAAUUGUUGCAUGGAAAUCAUGAAGCAAAGAGAGGGAGUAUGACCUAUCCAAAUUGAACAAAUCUAUGUAUAUUUCAAAGGAAGUAUAUGACUAUUGUAUAUUAACAUUGUUUGAAUAUUUUUGGUAGAAAUUGUUAUUUUUGUUCUAAGUAAACGUUAUCAUUCUAAAGAAAAUGACCCAUGAUGAGCUUUUUACUACUGUAAACCUUUCUGAGAAUGUGACUGUUAGAAGAUUAGGAUGAUGUUCCUGAUUCCAUUGGAUAAAGACAGUUGAAGGAA